AAGCAUGGAACUUUUGAAAUUAAUGAUGUUUAAAAGUGACUUUCUGUCCAGCAGCAGUGCCAGCAGUGAUAAAUGUGAUGAUCGCAUACCGCCAAUCAAUUUAAGUCAAUUACCCGAAUUUCUAUUGUCAACAAUCCCGAAAUGUGGUGGCUGUCAUGAACUGAUAUUGGAUCGAUUCGUUUUAAAGGUGCUAGACCGAACGUGGCAUGCCAAGUGUUUGCAGUGCAGCGAAUGUCAUGCCCAGCUGAAUGAUAAAUGUUUCGCCCGCAAUGGCCAGCUGUUUUGCAAGGAGGAUUUUUUUAAGCGUUACGGAACGAAAUGUUCCGCUUGUGAUAUGGGUAUACCGCCGACGCAAGUUGUCCGUCGGGCACAAGACAAUGUCUAUCACCUGCAGUGUUUCCUAUGUACGAUCUGUUCGCGUACCCUAAAUACCGGCGAUGAAUUCUACCUCAUGGAAGAUCGUAAGCUAGUGUGUAAACGGGACUAUGAAGAGGCUAAGGCGAAAGGUUUAUAUUUGGAUGGCUCGCUGGAUGGUGACCAGCCGAAUAAACGACCACGCACCACAAUAACCGCCAAACAAUUGGAAACGCUGAAAACCGCCUACAAUAACAGUCCGAAACCUGCGCGACAUGUGCGAGAACAAUUGUCACAGGAUACGGGGUUGGAUAUGAGAGUUGUACAAGUCUGGUUUCAAAAUCGGUAA